AUACCACUGUUUCAUUCCUCUCCAAAAUCACAAAAAUGAAAAACACCAUAAUUCUAUACCCUACCAAUGGUUGGGGACACUUAGUCCCAAUGGUAGAACUAGGCAAGUUCAUCACCACCCACCACCAUACAACCCUCUCAAUCAAAAUCCUCCUCCCUUCACCACCUAACACCGCCACCCUCCAAUACAUCGCUGCCGUCUCCGCCACCGCGCCGUCCAUGACAUUCCACCACCUUUCACCCUCCCAACACUUACUCUACGCCCUCCAAUCCCUCAUUUCACAAUCAUCCAAACCCAAAGCCUUCAUCUUAGACUUCUUCAACCACUCCGCUACUGACGUCACGAAAUUGCUCAACAUCCCCACAUACUUUUACUUCCCCAACGCCGCAAGUUGCGUUGCAGUUUUUCUCUACACGCCAACCCUUCACCACAACACCAAGAACGGAUACACUCAUUCCAAUUACAAUGACAUGCUACGCCACAUUCCCGGUUUGCCGCCGUUGUCGCCGGAGGACAUGCCGGAGCCUCUCCUCGAUCGCCGGAGCCGGAGCUACGAGUCAUUUGUCAACAUGUCAAUGAAAAUGAGGAAAGCUAACGGAAUUAUAGUUAACACGUUUAGUAAGCUUGAGAAUAAAGCUUUAUUGACGUUGGAGAAUGGAGGUUGUGUGUUGGAAAGACAUGAUCCACGUGUUUUUUGUGUUGGGCCAUUGGUUUCCAACGUUGGAUUUGCAAACAACGAUGAUGGUGGUUGCUUAAGUUGGCUCGACUCACAACCGAGUGGAGCCGUUGUGUUUUUAAGUUUUGGAAGUUAUGGAAGGUUCUCGAAGGUUCAGUUAAGGGAAAUAGCGGUUGCGUUGGAGAGGAGUGGACGAAGGUUUUUGUGGGUUGUGAGGGACCCAAUUGGGUAUGAGAGAAGAGAAUUGAGUUUAGAGGAAUUGUUGCCAAAAGGGUUUUUGGAGAGAACAAAGGAGAGGGGAAUGGUGGUGAAGAAUUGGGCACCACAGGUUAAGGUACUGAGUCAUAACUCGGUGGGUGGGUUUGUGACUCAUUGUGGGUGGAACUCGGUGAUGGAAGCAGUUUCUUGGGGAGUGCCGAUGGUGGCGUGGCCUUUGUAUGCGGAGCAAAGGUUGAAUAAGGUGGUUAUGGUGGAAGAGAUGAAGGUGGCUUUGCCUUUGAAAGAGAACGAGGAUGGGUUUGUUAGGGCAGCUGAGUUGGAGGGCCGAGUUAGAGAGCUUAUGGACUCGGAGAAAGGGAGAGGGAAAGAGAUCAGAGAAAGAGUAUUGGGUGCGAGAAAUGACGCUGUUGCUGCCCUCGGUCACAGUGGAUCUUCACGGGUUGCUUUGGAUGAGUUGGUUGAGUUGUGGACACAAUGA